UUAUGUAAGCUGCCCUAAAUUGUAUCCACAUCGAUUUCAAUGGUCCAUUUAACCCAUCUUGUUUCAAUCGGCCUAUGUAUUUAGCCCCUCCAAGUUUCUACCCUACGUCACUUCAUUUCCUUCUCUCUUUCCAUUAGGGUUUCUAGCCAUGGCAGCGGUCUACUUUCCAUAUAAUAAGUUGUUCAAAAAGAGUCAAUGUAAAGGAUGCGCAUUGAAUGAUGGAUUUAAUUAUUUAAAUAUUAAAGAUUUAGAACUUAUUUUGGAAGUUGUGGGGCCAACUUCUUUCAAACUUGCGAUUUUGAGUAUUGCAACUCGUGUAGAUCAAAAUCUCUUCAUUGAUGCUUGUCUUUAGGCAUCAAAUAAUAACAAUCGUAUGAAAGGUUAUUUCUUAGACUUUAGAAGGGAAAAUAAACAAUUAAUUAAUAAAUUAAAUGGUGUUCCGACCACGACUACGAUUGCUUCCCUGCUUGACGACCCAUUUUUGGGUCAGUAUGAGCCUGUCACCUACUUGGUAGAAGCAGACCUAUUCUGUUUCAUGGAUACUUGUCUCCACUAUGUCUGCAAAUAUGGUUUUAAACCAAGAGACUGGUCAAAUGCAAUUAAUAAUAAUUGUUGCUCAACAGGAUCAAAAGGUACCUGUCAAAAAGACAUUAUCAAACAUCUAAAGUUUCGGAUCCCAAGACUUCAAAAAUUGCACUGUUAACUGCCUUCGGCUUUCAAGCUGAAAAAAUCUGCCGCGACCACUUUAAAGACUACUUUAAAUUAGGCGACAUCCUUCUCUUUCAUGUACAACCAUUUCUAACAGUUGAUGAAGGAAAGAUUACUCAAGUUAUUAGGGUAAUUGAAUCCCGACCAGGUAAUCUUGUGUUUUGGUUAUGUUUUGAUGUCCCCUGUUUUUUUACAACAAAUGGCGCCUGAUUCUGAUUUUUAACAAUUUUGCCACUUGGGAUAUCGUAAAUUGUUAGUACAUUUUCCUACCUUUUGAAAGUUACCUCUCAAUUGCUGUUAGAUUUUUUUUGACAGAAAAAGAUCUUCAAGAUUAGUGGUCUUAUUGCGGAUUUCACAGUCCCAGCCCCUGCGAUAUAUUUUCUCCAAUAUCUACUUUUGUUGUUUUUCAUUUAUUUAUUUAUUUGCUUGAAAAGAUAUAUUGCAUAUAUGUUUCAUGUUACGGGAAGGAUAUACUCUAUUAUUUACAAGAAUUCCUAAGCAAAAUUAGGGGCAGAAUCAAUAGCUACUAUAUGAACUAAGCAGUUUGUGAUGAUUCCCUUCCGCGAAGAUGUGUGAUAAGUGGUCUGGCGUAUCCAAAUGGUCCAGCAGUAACCUGCAAUCUAUUGUCAUAUGUGAGAAAUUCGUGAAUAUUACUUGUUGCAAGUAUAGAUAAUGUGUGUGUGAGUCGAUGUUAAUUUCGAGCGGAGUUAGAUUAAGUGCUCCUGUGAUUUCCAGUCCUUUGUUUUAGUCCUGGAAUUUCAGCUCCUAGGCAUGAAAUAUCAUUAUUUAUAGUUUUCGAGAACCUUUAAUCCUUUCCCCUCUAUAGGCUCUUAUGACAUCUCGUAUGCCACUUUGUCUAGUUUUAGCGUAAAGACACCAUUUGUGUUAAGCCAGUCAAGUGGGUCGCGCCGCGCCGCGCCGUUGUUAAGGGGCCGGGUUGGGGAGGGAAAAGGGUGUUCGGCCCAGCCCCUAUCCGAAUACACCUUAGCCUAACCGGGCAGGGCAUGGUUUUGUUAGUGGGCCGGGCCUUUUUUUAAAAAUUAAAAGUUCUAAUACAAAAAUAGAGUUUUACAUUUACUAAUAAUAAUAAAAUUUACAUUUUACAUCUAAUGAUAAAAUUGUUAAACUAAAAAAAAGUUUAAUCAUUGUUAAAUUAAAAAAGCUAGCCGUUGUAAAUUUAAAAAACUAGUCGUUGCCAAUUUUCUUUGAAUCCCUAAAUUUAUGAAUAAACUACACUUUAGUCAUAUUUUCAAACUGUAAAUACCCCUCCAUUCUUCUUCAUUUUCACACAAUUCAUCCACAAUUCUCUCUUUAUCUAAAUUUGCUAUUCAACUAGUAUGCAUUACUACUUUCAACUUCCAUGGAUAAUCCUCCACCUCCACCUUCUCGUCGAGUUCGAAGAUCAACUUCAAGUGCGGUGUGGAUGCAUUUUGAGCGAGUAAAUGAGGAACAUGUUAAAUGUCAACAUUGUGGUGACAUAUAUCUCCAUAAGUUCGGAGCGCCGGAUAUUAGACUAUUAGGGUGUGUGUGUGU